AUGAUCACCACGUAUAGGGCUACUCAGCUUCCUGUCUUUGCGAUUGCUUGUAAAAUCGAGAGUAAUUUGGCUAGAAAAAUAACAAUCCGCGCAUCCGUCUCAAAGUGUCCUCAACAGGGCACCAUAUUUUCGACAUGUUACAGUGAUUCCAUCGCAACUCCAAAACGCCGACAAAUGAUCAUGGUAUCGGUGGGUAAUCGUAGGCUCGAGCAGAAACGGCAGCGCAAAUGGCAGCGCCUCUCCAGCGUGAGGUGAUCGUCGUCCCGGGCCGAAGCAUCUAGUAUCCUCCUCGUCCACGUCCACCAAAGCCACCACCACCACGUCCACCGCCUCUUGAGAAACCACCGCUUCCGCCGCGACCUCC